CCAUCCCGAAAAAGAAAUUCACUUUUUUUAUGCUAAGAAUGCCAAAGCAAGACACCAUUCUUCACUGCACUUUGUUCUUGCUACUCUUGCAGAUUCUCACAGCUCCCAAACCAGCAACAUGCAAAUCCACCAUAGAACCCUGCACCAACAACGACUCAUGCAACGCGCUCUUAGGCUACACACUCUACACCGACCUUAAAGUCUCCGAGGUAGCUUCACUCUUUCAAAUCGACCCUAUUUCUCUCCUCACCGCAAACGCCAUCGACAUAUCUUACCCUGACGUGGAGCACCAUAUUCUCCCUUCCAAGCUCUUCAUCAAGGUUCCAAUUUCAUGCUCCUGCGUCGACGGGAUCCGAAAAUCGGUUUCAACGCAUUACAGGACUCGCCCUUCGGACACGCUUUCUUCCAUUGCAGACUCUGUAUAUGGAGGUUUGGUAUCUGCGGACCAGCUUUCGGAGGCUAACUCCAUAAGUGACCCUUCGGUUCUUGAUGUGGGUCAGAGCCUUCUGGUGCCUCUUCCUUGUACUUGUUUUAAUGGCACUGAUAAUUCACUUCCAGCGAUUUACAUGUCCUAUGUGGUUCAGCCUGUUGAUUCUUUGGCUGCUAUUGCGGCCAGGUAUUUCACUACUUUAACUGAUUUGAUGGAUGUUAAUGCCAUGGGAAGUACUGCUAUUACUGAUGGUGAUAUUCUUGCCAUUCCAAUUCCGGCUUGUGCUUCAAAUUUCCCAAGAUCUUCUUCUGAUUUUGGCUUGCUUGUUCCCAAUGGAAGUUAUGCCAUUACAGCAGGGCAUUGUGUGCAGUGUAGCUGUGGACCGCGGGAUCUUAAUUUGUAUUGUAUGCCGGCUUCGCUGGCUGUUUCUUGCUCCAGCAUGCAAUGUAAAAACAGCAAUCUUAUGCUUGGGAAUGUUACGAUCCAACAAGGUAGUGGCGGCUGCAAUGUUACUUCUUGUAACUAUGAUGGCAUUGUUAAUGGAACCAUAAUGACAAUGUUGACACCAUCCCUUCAACCUCGAUGUCCAGGGUCUAGGGAAUUCCCCCCUCUCAUUGCCCCACCUACAUCUAUAAGGAGAGAUUCAGAACUAGCACCAGCACCAGCACCUCAAUCAGAUGGAAUCGGUCUAGGAACGCCCAAAUCCUCAGUGGUUCCUUCAACAACAGGUCUUCCAGGAUUCCCGCCGGCAAAUGGUCCUAUUAGCGCGCUUUCUUCUGGUGCUUCUGCCGCUUGCUCCUUGGUUAUUCCAUCAUCCGCCAUGACAUCUGCACUUGUGUUAUUACUUGUCAAGUUGAUGAUCCCUGUGGCAUUGUAAUAUUUUUGUCAAUUUUGUGGUGGCUUUGGCCCUGUUGCUUUGUCUGUCAUAGGUGCUCUUAUCUAUUGCAUACUCAUUUGUAACUCUUUGAACUGAUUUGUGGAUGUUGAUAAAAACAACCAUGGGAAUUUGAGUUUCUAACGACAUGCUUACCAUCUCAUCAUUUGGUGCUUUACUAUAUUUUUCUGCUCCAUGAUCUAUAUCAGUAAUACUAGUAACUAGGUUCUCUGUUAUCAAUUCUUACAGCUCUAAGAAAUUGAUGGUAGCACCUUUGGGGACACUU